CCCCAUUACUUGACUAAUCGCGUCUCUCGGCCUCUCCUUCUUCCACUUGAAUCUUCUUCUUCACUUUGCUUAUUGGUAACCAUGGAUUCUUCUCCUAAAACCAAGCCUAAGAAACCGUUGCUAGUGGUUGGAGGCACGACUAACUCUGGGAGUACAAACCCUAAACCCUACGGUGUCUCCCGUCCACCCCGUUUCCCCUCCAAGCCUGGACUCAAGAGAUAUUCAGAAGACCGUGAUUGUAAUAACUUGGCUAUCAAGAAAUCUAGGACAGUGGUUAGCGCUGAAGAUGGUAAAAAGAUUGUGGCUUUGGAUGUCAAACCAUUGGCGAUCGUGGAAGCGGAAGCUCCGAGACUUUCUAGACAGUUUUGGAAAGCUGGAGAUGAUAAAGAAGAUGAGCCUGUACCUCGCUAUUGUAGCAAUGAUGCGGCGGUUAGGGUUCAUCCUCAGUUUCUUCAUGCUAACGCCACUAGUCACAAGUGGGCACUUGGAGCUUUGGCUGAACUUCUUGACAAUUCUCUAGACGAGGUAUGUAAUGGGGCUACAUAUGUUCAUGUUAACUCAGCAACAAAUGAAAAAGACGGGAAGAGCAGCAUUCUCAUAGUUGAAGACAAUGGAGGUGGGAUGGAUCCGGGUAGGUUUAGAGAGUGUCUCUCUUUGGGGUAUUCAAGAAAACGCAACAUGGCUAAUAAAGUUGGUCAAUAUGGGAAUGGAUUCAAGACUAGUACAAUGAGGCUUGGUGCCGAUGCAAUUGUCUUCUCACGCUGUCGAGGAACCAAUGGAAACAAAACAACACAGAGCAUUGGUAUGUUAUCAUAUACGUUUCUUUACGAGACAAGAAAAUGUGAAGCCAUUGUCCCCACGGUUGAUUUUGAGUUGGUAGAUAACGCCUGGAAGGAGAUAACAUACAACUCCACAGAUGAGUGGUUUGAUAAUUUAGAGACUAUUGUGAAGUGGUCUCCUUACUCAUCCCAAGAAGCGUUAUUCGAACAGUUUGAUUUCCUAGAAGAGCAAGGAACUCGGAUCGUGAUUUAUAAUCUAUGGGAGGACGAUGAAGGGAAGCUGGAACUUGAUUUUGAUACAAAUCCUCAUGAUAUUCAACUAAGAGGUGUAAACAGAGACGAAAAGAACAUAGAAAUGGCGAAAACGUAUCCUAACUCGAGGCAUUUCCUAACGUAUCGCCACUCGCUACGUAGUUAUGUAUCGAUUCUGUAUCUCAGACUUCCUUCAAAAUUCAAAAUCAUUCUUCGUGGCGAAGAGGUGGAACAUCACAGCUUAUUAGACGACAUGAUGUUGACCGAAGAGAAAACAUACAGACCUGUGCGUUCUGCAGAAUGUUCAUCAAAUGAAGAAAUGGUUGCUGAUCUAAAGCUUGGCUUUGUGAAAGAUGCUCAUCAUCACAUUGACAUACAAGGGUUCAAUGUUUACCACAAGAACCGGCUUAUCAAGCCAUUUUGGAGGGUUUGGAAUGCUGCUGGAAGUGAUGGACGUGGUGUUAUUGGUUUAGUGGAAGCUAAUUUCAUACAACCAGCUCAUAAUAAGCAAGGGUUUGAGCGAACUGCAGUUCUUGCUAAACUUGAAAACCGAUUGCUUUCAUAUCAAAAGACCUAUUGGACUUCAAGGUGCCACGAGAUUGGUUAUGCGCCAAGGCGGAAGCAAGCUAAUCACGUAAGUUCCUCCACAGAGACUAUUCGCCAGGGGGACAAGAAGUCAGAAGUACCUUUCAACAACAUGAAGCAUGAUAAGGGAUCUUCUUCUUAUAAUGCAGCACCAGCUGGUUGCAUGCAAAAUAGCCAAUCAUCUGGAGGAAACCACCUAAACUCUCAGGGUGUUACACAAUCCAGAGUUGUUGGUGACAGAAUGAUACCUGACAACGGGAUCAAGAUUGAGAAACAUGGGCAUGGGCAUGGGCAUGGGAUAAGUUUCAAUGACGCAAGAUCAGUUAAUCAAGCAGCUGAGUUGCAGAAGGUGAAAGACGAAUCAGCAAAACAUGUGGCUGACUUACAGAGACAGAGAGGACAGCUUGAGUCGCAAAACAAACAGCUAAAGGCUAAGAUUCAAGAUUUGGAGAAGUCAAAAGAUGACUCAGAAAAACUGGUGUCUAAGCUAUUGAACCAGCUAAAACAGUCUGCAGCUAAGAUUCAAGACAUGGUAAAGACGCAGAUGGUAACAAAUGACUCAGAAAAACUGGUGGUUGAGUUGUCGAACCAGCUCAAACAGUCAAACGCUAAGAUUCAAGACUUGGAGAAGAUGCAGAAGGUAAAAGAGGAUGAAUCAACAAAAUUGGUGAAUGAGUUGAAGAUACAGAAAGCACUGCUUGAAGAGGACUUGCAGAAGGUGAAAGAUGGAUCAACAAAACUGGUAGAUGAGAUGCAGAGAGAGAAGGCAAUGUUUCAAGAAGAGUCACAGAAGGUAAAAGAUGAAUCAGAAAAACUGGUAGGUGAGCUGCAGAGAGAGAAAGCAAUGCUUGAGGAAGAAUCACAUAAGCUCAAACAGUCAGAAGCUAAGAUUCAAGACUUGGAGAAGUCGCAGAUGGUGACUGAGAUCUUUCAAGAAGAAAGAGCCCGUAGAGAUUUGAUGGAGCAUGACUUGAGGAAUAUGCUACGGGAAGCUUCUGAUACCAUCCGUUCGCUAACAAUGAAAGUGAAUAGCCUCGAAGCCCAAAACGCUAAACCAUAAGAAGAUUCACAUGCAUAUGCAUUAAGCAUAGCUCUUCUAAAACUCGUUCUAGGUUUUAAAUAGUGUACCACAGUUUCUACGCUUUAGCACUCAUGUAAUUACAUUAGGCUUUCUCUUCAAACCAAUUCUUUUUGUUUUUGUAAGACAAUUUUCACUAAAUCUUAAGCAUUUGGAAGACAA